AUGCGCGAUUUUCCAGAAGGUCUUGGCAUGGGCAGCGGUGCAAGCAAGAAGGCGGUCACUGUGGUUGAGGUAAAAUCAUCCUCCCCGGACUCAGAGUCUGCGCAAGCUGAGAAGCCCAAGGGCCAAGAGUCAAAGCGGCCACCGAGACCCAAAAGCAAAGGAAAGGCGAAAGCAAAGGAUGAGAAGGAUCCCGAAGUCAAGGGAUUUGAAGAGGCACAGCAGGUUGAGCAGACAGAGACGGUGAGGCAGGCGGAGCAGGUGGAGCAAGCGGAGCAGGAGCAGGCCGGGCCGUCGCCAAGCGAGGUUCAGGUGGCCAAGGAGGCUCCUCAGGAGCUGAGCCCGAGCGUGGCUACCAGCGUGGCUACCAGCGUGGCCACCAGCGCAGCCAGCGUGAAGCAGCUGAAGCAGCUGGCUCCCGAGGAGCUCCCAGCUGCUUGCCGAAGUGGGAACGAAGAGGCGGUCAAGGCGUUUUUGCAGAAAGUGGUUGGCCCCAGAGGCCUCAGCGACUGUGAAGAGGCGCUCUUCGACGUGUACGGAGAGUCGGUCCUCCACCAUGCCGUGCAUGGUGGUCACAUCGAGGUGGCACAUUUGCUUCUUGAUGUUGGCCUUGUGCAGGUCGACAUUCCGAAUGCGCGGAAUGAGACGGCACUUGCCGUUGCAUGUCGAAAAGGGGACAGCUCGAUGGCUUCUUUUCUGCUGAAGGCAGACGCCAACCCAAAUUGUGCUGACUCCAAUGGCCUUACGCCUUUCCUGGCAGCUGUGCUUGGCGGUGCCAGCAGCGACUUCCUGGACAUGCUCGUGGCGGCGAAGGCCGAUGUCAGCGUCCUGGACGCCCGCGGCGUCGGGGCACUCCACUGUGCGGCAUUGAGUGGCAACUUGUCGCUGAUGAAGUGGCUGACGAGCCACAACGUCGAGAUGGACUUGCAGACAGAACAUGGCACUUCCGCUCUCAUGCUGGCCUCCAAGCGGGGCCUGGCAGAUGGAGUGGCCCUGCUGCUGGCUGCCAAAGCCAAUCCCAAUCUGUCGGACAAGGCCGGCUGCAGCGCGCUGAUGCAGGCCACCGGCCGGCCCGAGGUUGCCGGGCUGCUCCUGCAGGGCGGCGCUUCCGUGGACUUGGUGGACUCGGCCGGCCGCAACGCUCUUUUCCACGCCGUCAUUAGUGGCGAGGCGUCCGCGGUCGAAGCAAUUGUCGCACGUGGAGGCCGCAUCAACAUCCUGGACGAGGAUGGGCGAUCCCCCCUGUACCAGGCUUGCCUUAUGGGCGCAGCGCCCCUAGCGAAGCUCCUCCUUGCGGCGGACGCAGAUCCGAACCUUGCGGGGCGCGCGUCGCCUAUGCGACCGGCCAGCGAAGAGGAAGGCGAGGACAGUGCUGCCAGAGUCCUUCUCGAGGAGUCGCGCACCUGCCUUCAGGUCUGCGCGAUGCUUGCCCACAACGAGCUGAUGCAGUGCUUGUUGGAGCACCGUGCGGACAUCAACGCAGCGCCCGGCAGUCUGGGCUGGACGGCCUUGCACCUCUGCUCUGCGGUGAGCAACCACGAAGGUGCCGCGGCGCUGCUGUCGAGCGGCGCCGCCUGUCUUGAAGACGUGGAGGGCAACACGGCGAAGAGACUGGCGGAGCGUGCUGGAAACGACGCGCUCAUAGAGCUGCUGGCGGAUGUGCAGGAAGCGCCCGAUCCAGGUGUACCUUCCACUCCAGCCCGGCGCAAGCAGAUGAAGGGGCAGCUCCCGCCUCUGACGAACAGCGCGGCAGAGACGGAGGCUCCCGAAGACCAGGAGCCCCUCGAGGCGUUCAGAGAGGAGUGGGAACCACGCGCGGGGACGGACUCGCUGCUCGACCGGGUCUUCGGCCCCAUGGUUCAUGAUGCCAUGCUUUGCGAACAGUGGCGCGACCGACUGGAGGCCCACAUGCACGUCUGCCAGAAGUUCGAGCAGGUGAGUGCUACUGCUUCGGACUUGGUGCGGGCUGUGAGCGAGGCCACACGCAUUGCCGCCAAGGACAAGAUGCCAAAGGUCUUCCAUGCUGCGCUUGGCACUUUGGAAGAGCUGCUGUCUGAUGCCCGCGUCGAUGAUGUCAGCACCGAGGAUUUUUCGGCAUUGCUGCGGUCGGAAGAGGACAGCGAGAAUCUGAUAGAGGUCUUGCUGGACAAGACCGAUGUGGGCGGUGGCUCGAGCAAGGCCACAUCACCUCAGCAGGCGGCGGCCACAGCCCUGUGUUCCUGCGUGCUGCAUGGCCGCGUGCCACUGGAUGAAGCCGCCCUGCCCUUGCUCUCUCGAGUUGCGGAGCGACUUCGAGCGAUCCAGGGCACCAAGGAGCGAUCUGAGCAGGCCAAGACCCCAAAGUGUUUGGCCGCUAACCUGAAGUUGCUGGGGCGCAUGCUGAACACCUUUGGAUUGCAACAGUCCGGUCUCUUUCGGCGCGCGAUUGUGCUGCCAAUGUUGCUCCUGGCGUGCAGCUCCGAGCACUCCAAAGUACGGGCUGCUUCGGGCGACUGCCUAUUGCAGCUGCUGGCGCUCAGCGGCGGCAUAGAAGAGCGGCUCUGGGGCCUCCUCCCAGCCAAGGCGCGCAAGCGCAUCGAGAGCCUGGCAUCCGGCCACGAAGGCAUCGCGCUGCUGUCGGCCGUGGCCUGCGAUGAGGACGCCAUGGGCAAGGAGGACAUCGUGGCUGAAGACAGCCGGGCAGGCUCCUUCAUCUGCGCAUCCGAGCUGAACCAGCAGGUUUGGGCCAGCCUUCAGGCAGGCCAGGAAGUUGCCGAGACAGCCAGGCCGCCGGUGGCGCCGACGGACAGCCCCGAGGGAGCGGAUGACGGAGCAGCGGAGGCCUUGAGCCAGGCCUUUGCCAGCAGGAACUGGCAGGAGCGGGCAGAAAGUAUCAGCAAGUUGGCUUCGGAGCUAGCCACAGCUGGCAGCGGCGUCAAAUGCCUGGCGGACGCUGAAGGAACUGGCACCACUGGUCCGCUGCUCUCGCAGUACGUCCUGUCGGGACUGCGAAUAUCAAUGCUGCAGGCCCAGCUGCUUUCCUUGCUGUCGGACACCGUGACCGCCGUCUUCGUCGGCGCGGCGGACCUGCUGCGCCUGAUCUGCAGCCACGUGCCGCUGUACUUGGCCCCGCUCUUCCUGGAGCCCCUGCUGCCCCCGCUCUUCGCGCGGCUGAUGGACACCAGCCAGAAGGUGAGGCACAAGGCCGUGGAGACCACGCUGGAGGUUGGAGCCCUGCACGGCAACGCCUUGAGCGAGAUGGUCGCGCAGUGCGUUGCGAGCGGCAGCGCUUGGACCUGCGCUUCGCAAACCGCUGUGGACCGCAACGGCAGUGACCGCAGCUCCGGUCCACGGCUGCAGCUGCUUGGGCAGAUGGUCAAGCGUGCACAGGACCGUGCCUCCGGUGCCUGGUCGCCUGAGACCUGGAGUGCCCUGGCGGAGUACUCGGUCAAGGCCUCGGAGAACAAAAGCGCCGAGGUCCGAAAGGAGGCUGCCAACCUACUGAACAGCAUGGCUCAGAUCGAAGGUCAGGCUGCCGAGAUUGCCGAGGCAGCACUGGCCCAGCUCAAGGCCAUGGCCGAUGAGAGAGCACGGCAGAAGAUGCGUCCAGGCACUGGCGUGAGGCCUUUGACCGGGACGAGGGCUGGCACGGCCUCGGGCUCCCGCCCCAGCACAGGUGCACAGAGCAACCUGGGGGGCACUGGCCGGCUCUCCCACAUGGGCUCCACAGGAGGUUUCACCUUGACGAUGAACUCUUCAGGUCGCCUCAGCACGGCCAACAGAUCUCGGGGCACAGGCUCCAGUUUUCGCCCCGGCACUGGACGGCCUGGAACUGGCAUGAGCAGGGCCAUGGAAGACGAGAGUGACAACUCCGUCCACAGCGAGGCCCCUGCAGUGGAGGCGGAGCCUGGCCCCGGUGGUUUCGAAGAGGAGGGAGUCAAGUUUUUCGAUGUGAAGAAUGCAUGUGGUGGAGCUGAUGAGGUGCCGGAACUGGCUGAGGGCGAGGCAGCUCUGAAGGAGGCAUUGCCCUUGGCCGAGGCACUAGAUGAGGUAGCUUUGGAUUUUGUCGCGCCCCUGAUAGCGCUUUUCGGAGAGGAUUGGACAAGGUGUUUUUAUAGCCGGAAUUGGCAGUGCCGAGUGGCAGCCUUGACCCAUUUGGCAGCGAGCAUGGCCCAACGGCUAGAGGAGCUGUCGACGUCAGAGGUAUCACCCAAUGUUCUUGCAGAACUUCUGGAUGGAGCAAUGCGAGCUGUCCAUGAGGGUUUGGGAGACCAAAAUGUGCGAGUUUAUGCGGAGGCAUGCAUGUCAGUCACGGCCAUUGUGCCAUCUUUCUGCGGCACGGUUGAUGGACGACUGCUGGUGGCGCACCUGGCGCCCUUGCUUCGUCAGCUUUGUGCCCGCAUGGGCGACUCAAAGGAGGUCGUCCGCACUCAGACCACCCAGGCAAUUUUCCGUCUUCUGAACCCGCCAACCGGGAACAUCGUCAGUCCGGUGGCGAUUGCAAUGCUAAUUCUACGGCAUCUCAUGCCGAACAAAGAGGAGGGCGACUCGCCGAUGGCCUCCGUUGCCAAAGGUGCCACGGGCAAGGGAGCCGCAACGGGAUGGCUAUGCCGAUUGGGAGCCUUGCGCGACUUGUGCAAGGAGCAUUGCAAGUCCAUUGUGCAGAACCCAGGCAGCAAAAGCCCAGGCGAAUGGGCAAGGCUGUCUGAUGGCCUGAAGCAUUCUGACCCCACGGUGCGACAUGAGUCCGUCCGCCUCUUCGCCCUCGUCUGCAAGAUGCACCUAAAGUCCUUGGGCGACGAGGACGCGCAGCGACCAGGACGAGAGGCCUGGGUCGCAGCCCUGCCGAGGGACGUACCCUCCAAGUCAGUGGCGCAGGUGCGGCGCUACUUGAAACUUCCUGAGGAGGUUGAGGAGAGCUCAGCGCUGAGCCGCUCGCAGAAAGUCGAGACGAUCACUGCGAAUUCUUGGGAGGUGCCCUCGAGUUUGGCUUCCUGGUGCUCUUGCGAGCUGGAGGUGCUGAACGCUCUCGCAGCGCCGCAGAAGGGCGAGGAGAAGGCGGUCAUUGCGGCGCUCAAGGUGCUGGGCAAGGCCUGCAAAGUCGAGAGAGAGAAAGCAAAAGCUGCCCAGACUGCGGAGGCCUUUGCGGGCAUCUGCCGCGCAAUACAGCAAGCCCUCGGCUUUCCCGUUGGCGCGGACCGGCUCGUCUUCCUCUGUGCCGUGGAGCUUUGCCAGCUUUCUGUGCAGCAGCUGGCCGCGAAUCUUUCUGGCCUCGACCUGAACAUGGCCCUGGCCAAAAUCUUUCCGACGCUGAUGGAGCGAACAGCGCUCUCCGGCCUCGCGGGAGACGUCAAGGUGGGCGUGGCAUCAGACAAACUGGUGCAGCAGCUGGCCAAGCACCCGAAGGUGGGUUGCGAGGCAGUUACGAAGAUGGUGAUCGCCUGCGUGGCGCGUUCCGAGCGGCCUGUUCGACCGUUGGUUCUGCUACGUACGCUGCUGAGUGACUUCGGCCUACGGCUCUGCGCCCAGAAGGACGUGGUGAUGCUGCUCUUGAACGCCGUUGCCGGCCACCUGGAGCGGCUCGAAGGCUGGAGGGGGGGGGGCCCCUCGUCUCGCAAGUCGUGUUUGAUAAGCGCUCUUCGCGCGGCCCGCCUCGGCAGCAGAAGCAGUUUGUGGGGUGGCUUGCUUGGAGCUCCCAGGGCCUUAUUCUGGGCCGUCGCAGAAUGUCGAGCGGGUCCCGGGACUGCCCGCUUGGACCCCCAAGCAUCCCCGAAGGACCCCGAAGGGACCCCUGAGCUGAGGAGCCCCAUGCACCCUUGA